AUGGAGGCCGCCAUUAACACACUGGUGUCCCAGUUUAAGGCCUUCGCUGGGAAGCAGGGCUCUGAUCAGACGCUGAGCCGAGAGGAGUUCCAGAGCAUGCUGAACACCCAGCUCAAGAACUACAUCAAGAAUGCAAAUGACCCCGCAGCCAUUGACCAACUGAUGAGCUCACUGGAUAAAAACAGUGAUGGAGAGUUGAGCUUCCUGGAGUUCUGGCAGUUCCUCGGCCAACUAGCAAACCAACAUGGCGGCUUCAAUAAAUAGUUUAAUAAUUUUCAUCCCUACUUGCAGUCUUUCACAUGUUAACCAAGCUGUUAUUGUGCUAAUAUUUGAUUUAUAUUUCACAAUGCAUGAA